UUCAGCAAGCUCUGAGUUUAUUUUCAACAGUUAAUUCUAGUUAAUUUCACACUCGUUUCGUCAAGGUUUUCUCUUUUUUGGUCUUAAAUUUUAUUGUCUAUACAAAGAAAUGUUUUAUAAAUCUAUAAAGAUUUUUCGUUAGUACAUGCAAUACUGUUAGAAACUGUUUGGCUUCUGCUUCAAAAUUUCACGUUAAUUGGAAGAGCAAUCGGCAGUUUUGGCGAGUAGCCGAGCCACCCACCCAACACCCACCGGACACAGAAGGGAGGGAGGCCGCUGAGGAAGGUCACCAUUGCGCGAACGCAACGGACCACGGCCGCACCUACUCCCAAGCCUAAGCUAACGUACAUAGAAACGGAAAAAGGAAAGACCGAAGGAAACUCUAUCGACCUUGGAGGCGGAGAAGGAGGAGCAGUAGCCAGCAGUAUGACACAGAGCGCGCCGGGCGGAUUUUCCGGACCUGGAAACCGCAACCGGUACUAUAAUCCUGUCUCCAAGAUCCAAUCACUUAUUCACAAUCUUGAUGCUGAACUAGUGCAGCUCUGCAAGCAGUGCUCCGUGCCAAAGCCCUUGACCACCAAUAAUGGAAGUGGGACCAGCUAUGCCCAUAACUACGCCCACGGCACAGGACCUUUGGGCUCUGGGACAAUAACCAGCUCCAACAUUCCUAUGCAUGGCGGUUUCAGCAGCGGUCAGUAUCGACCGGAAAGCAUCGGCAACCUGCUGGCCCGGGCCCGUUCGUCCAGCUUGACGGCCCGGCCUCCGACGACCAGCUCGCCGAUGGCGCCGGAUGCCCACAAGCGUCAGAUGCGCAACGUUUACCGGACACGGGUGAUCGACGCUUACCGAAAUCGACGAAUCUUCACCGUAUACGGGAACUAUCACACGGUGAGGCGGGCAUUGAUGCGGCGCGGUUGGCUGGAGAAACUGCCAGCGGCUCGGCACGCCAAGUUGCAGAACAUGUCGGAAGAUGCGCUGCUGGAGCAUGCCCGGCGAGGCAACGACUACGAGGCGGUGGUUAUCUCCAAGAUGAUCAAUCAUUUCCCGGCCUUUUUCAUCUGGCAGGGUAAGGGUCAGCGCGACCUUUGCGCUGAGGUGCGUCCUUUCAGGAAUCGUGUGCGCCGCAGCCAGUUCUUAGACUUCUCGACCAAGGUGGGCUUAGUUGGAUGUGCCGAACAAGAGCGAUGGUACCGUGAGGACGGUGUCUGCGGGAUGAGUUAUCCGCGAUUCUACCGUCUUGGCGGAAACAAUCUCGAGGAGCGCAUGGCCUUCAUCGAGGAUUACCAGCAGACCCAGGCACGCUCCUUGCUACUGUACGUGAAGGAACAUCACCCGUCGGAAAUGAUCAGCGACACGGGAACUAUAUCUAGCACUACCAUUGAUUUUGCCCUGGCCAAGGUGAAAAAGAUGGUACGCCAGGCGGAGCAUUACUCCCUGGACGAUGCUCGCAUCAAACCGCCCACUCCCGCCGAAAUUGUCGAGAAUCAGACGUUCAUGGUCCAGUCCACCGAUGUGCUCAAAUCCAACGCCAAGUUCAAGAUCAGCGAGAAGGUGAUGGCCGAGUACGCUCGACUUGCGGGUAUCUACCUCGACCAGAUUGAAUCGCUACGCCCGGACUACCGCUGGGAUGGCAGCCGCAACCUUUGGAUCUUAAAGCCUGGCUACCAGUCGCGAGGUAUUGGUAUUGUGAUCCGCAGCUCCCUGGACGAUAUCCUGCAGUGGACAUCAAACAAUCAGAAUAAGAAGUACAUUGUCCAGAAGUACAUAGAGCGACCCCUCCUCGUUUACCGCACCAAAUUCGACAUCCGGCAGUACAUGCUGCUGACAAUUACGGAAACGAAGGUGAGCAUCUGGAUGUACCGCGAUUGCUACCUGCGCUUCAGCUCCCAGGAGUUCACCAUGGACGAUCUGCGGGAGUCGAUCCAUUUGACCAACAACUCGGUUCAGAAGCGUUACAAGAACAAGCAAAACCGCGAUACACGGCUUCCAAAGCACAACAUGUGGUCCCUGGACCAGUUCAAGAGCCAUCUCCACCAUGUGGGUGCCCCGGACGGCACGUGGACAAAGAUCUACAACGGAUUCAAGCAAAACCUGGUGGCGGUGGUGAUGGCCAGUAUUGACGAGACGGAGUUGGUGCAGAACGCAUUCGAACUGUAUGGGUGCGAUUUUAUGGUGGACGAGCAUUACAACCCCAUUCUGAUUGAGAUUAACUCAACUCCGGAUCUGUCACCCUCGACGGAGAUCACAGCCAGGAUCUGUCCCAUGGCUCUGAAGGACUGUAUUCGGGUGGUAGUGGAUCUGCCCAAGAACUCUUCUGCUGGCACCGGACUCUUUGAACGGGUCUUUGAGGUCAACUACAGCAUAAACAAGGGGUCGGACGGAAAGCCGCUGGAGCUUAACGGCACACAAAUGACCCUGUUCGAAAAUCUGCCAAAGAUGAGGAACAGCCCGCGGACACGGCUUCUGCGCAAAAUAUUAAACAACGUAAAGACCUCCAACAGCAGGAAACUGGAUAAAGCCAAGGAACCGCAGAUAAAACCCAUUAAGGGCAUACCCAUCAAGUCCGCCAGGAAAAAGAAAGUUGAUUCGAAGGCGAGUUCAAGUGCGCCCUCAGUACAACCUUCCUCUCAUAACGUGUCACCCAAAACUAUCCUAAAUCCAACAACUCGCGAAAAUCUUGCACUACAAUAUACCGCACCAAAAUAAAAAUUUGAAGGCAUAUGGUAAAUAUAUUUAAGAUGGGACCUUACAUUAAUUAUAUUCCUCGAAACUGUAUUAGUGAACACUUUUAAAAUUCCACUAAGUAAUAACCAUAAUCACACCCCCAAGUAUGAACAAAAUAUUUUCAAGAAAUAAAAGCUUUAUCCGAAUCGUGAAUUCUGUUUAAAAACUGCCAUGACGACCUAUAACAAAAUAAGCGAUUUAAUGAUGCGUUAUUUUUGGCUACUAAGUCUUCAAGAAUGCAUCUUUAAAAGGGCAGCAGAAACCAAGAAUAUGCAUAUAAAGCUUUCUUUAAAUUUAUUGAACAAAAAAUAUUUAUAUUUUGGGGUUAUAAUGUUAGAACAAUCCGAGAGACUUCAUAUUCUGCCCACACAUGACCACAUGCUGCUUUCGGAUAUUGGGACACCCUCCAUCUCACGAUGUUAUACCACAAAAUAUAAAUGUAGCAAUAAAAUUCGAUAUUAUUUUUUUA